UUUCUUUGAAUUUCUCUUAGGUGCUCAAAAAUCUGAAGGCUUGACUUGUAAACUAUCACUCAAGGAUGGCCUGCAUGGAUUUAUGCCAAUAUUGACAAUCUGACUGAGCUGACAGGGACAAUGCCUGGAUCAGUGGACUGAACAACACGUUAUGGAGAACCUCUUUAGGAGGAUGGAAUUUUCAUGACUUUACCCUCAUGGUGUAUUACUCUCAACAAAAGGGUACUGGGGCCUCAAGUUCAGGCAACGGUAGUGGAAGCAAUAAACAGAUGACAGUUGUGGAUGGAAAAGGAAGUAGUGGUGUGAACCCAGGAACCCGGAAGACCGGGCCUUCCGAGACCAGAAGACGGGUGAAACUGUAUGCUUUAAAUGCUGAAAAGCAAUGGGAUGACAAGGGGACAGGCCAUGUCUCCUCUUCAUAUGUUGAGCGGCUCAAAGGAACUUCUCUCCUUGUCAGAGCAGAAGCAGAUGGCAAGUUGUGGAUGGAUUGCUAUAAAGGGAUCGUAUUCAGAGAGUAUUAUCUUUUAUCGCUUUGUAUUCCCUUAGGGUCCUUGUUAUUGGAAUCCAAGAUCCAGCCCGAUACAGCAUAUCAAAAGCAACAGGAGACCCUCAUUGUUUGGUCUGAGGGUGGGAAUUAUGACUUGGCCCUCAGUUUUCAAGAAAGGGCAGGCUGUGAUGAAAUCUGGGAAAAAAUUUGUCAGGUGCAAGGCAAGGAUCCCUCAGUGGAUAUCACACAAGAUAUAGUUGAAGAGAGUGAGGAUGAAAAAUAUGAUGAAAUCUCAGACUUCAAUACCAGCACAGUGGACCUCCCUUCUCCAGAAAUUGGACGUCUGGAAGAGAUCAAUGAGGUUGUUACAAGUUGUAUGACCUCACCACUGCGGCGUGAAAAACUGGCUCUUCUCAUUGAGAAUGAGAACUACAUUAGGAAAUUGUUGAACGUAUUCCACAUCUGUGAGGAUGUGGAGGACCUUGAUGGCUUGCGCCACCUCUACUCCAUAUUUAAGAAUAUUUUCCUACUCAACAAGAAUGCCUUAUUUGAAGUCAUGUUUUCAGAGGAGCUGAUAUUUGACGUGAUUGGGUGUCUGGAAUAUGACCCGACUCAGAGCCAGCCGAAGCCCCAUAGGGAAUAUCUGAAGAGGCUCUCACAAUUCCAUGAAGUCAUCCCCAUUCGAAAUCCAGAGCUUCUUAGCAAAAUCCAUCAGACGUAUCGAGUUCAAUACAUCCAAGAUGUUGUCCUGCCCACGCCGUCCCUGUUUGAAGAGAAUAUGUCCACCUUAUCUUCCUUCAUCUUUUUCAAUAAAGUCGAGAUUGUAUCCCUCAUCCAGGAAGAUGAAAAUUUCCUCAUGGAGUUGUUCUCACAGCUCACAGAUGAAUCAACUUCAGAUGCCAAGAGGCGAGAUUUGGUAUUAUUCCUCAAGGAACUCUGCACCUUUUCACAGACUCUCCAGCCACAGAGCCGGGAAACUUUUCUCAAGCUCCUGUCAAGCCUGGGGAUCUUGCCAGCCCUUGAGCUGGCUUUGGGGGUGGAGGAUCAUGCUGUGAGGUCUGCUGCCAUAGAUAUCCUAGCCAUCGUUGUGGAGUUCUCCCCUUCUCUUGUGCGAGAAUACAUGCUGCUUCAGUCUGCCAAAGUUGAUGAGGAGCAAUUGCUAUCAAAUGUGAUAAUAGAGCAGAUCAUCUGCGACCCAGAUCCUGAACUGGCUGGAGCUGUGCAGCUGAUAGGGGUGCUCAAGAUCCUCCUCGACCCUGAAAACAUGCUUGCAUCCAUCAACAAGUCUGAACGAACAGACUUCCUCACAUACUUUUACAAGCACUCCAUGCACGAACUCAUAGCUCCUCUAUUGGCCAACACAUCAUCAGAAGAUGGACCAAGUCGGGAGGAUUCCCAGACUGUGCAACUUUUGAGCCUCAUCUUGGAAGUUUUAGGAUUCUGUGUUGACCAUCAUGCAUACCACAUCAAGAACUAUAUCCUUGGAAAAGAUCUCCUUCGCCGAAUCCUUGUCCUUUUGAGAUCACGUCACACAUUUCUUUCCCUAUGUUCAUUGCGUUUGAUGCGGAAGAUUGUGGGCCUGAAGGACGAAUUCUACAACCGGUACAUCAUACGUGGGAACUUGUUUGCUCCUGUGGUUGAUUCUUUGAUCAGAAAUAAUGGUCGGUACAACCUCCUGGAUUCGGCUCUCCUAGAACUGUUUGAAUUCAUCAAGAUGGAGGACAUCAAAAGCUUGUGCACCCAUGUGAUUGAGGUCCAUGGUAAGAAGCUAGACAAGAUUGAAUAUGUGCAGACGUUCAAAUCCCUUCAACUCAGGUAUGACCAACAGAUGGAUCGAUUGCAUCGAGACAAGUUUUCCAUAGAUGGUUCACUUCCACCAUUGAUGCAGCGUCGAACUAUGUCACGCUUCCGCCGUGACCCACGGGACCUUGACGAAGACGAGGAGCUGUGGUUUGAGGCAGAGGAUGAUGUUGGGGAACCUUCAGAAGGUACAAGUGCAUCGCUUGAGGAGACAGAUGCUCCCAGUGGAGUGUUGAGUGUUGGAAUGCUGGAACGUCGGUUAGGAGGAGGAGGAGGAGAGAGAGAAAGAGAAAGUGAAAGAGAAAGAGAAAGAGAAAGAGAAAAAGAUGAGGAAAUGUCUCCUGAUUCCACUACUCCCACACCCUCCCCAUCUCCUAUAGGUCUAGUGGACUAUGAAGGGGAUUCCGAUGAAGAGGACAAUGGAAUGGAUGAGGACGAAACGAGAACGACAAAUUCUAAGCGGGACCGCAAGAGCGAGGAUGAGGAAGAUGAGGAUGAAGACGAGGGCGACACGUCGUCCAAGAGGCCGCGCACAGAUCCCGACUGAAACUGAUCUCAACAUCCCCUCUCUCUCUUGUUUUCUCUCCAUUGUUCCAUCUGCAAUGUACAAACCAUGGACGACGAGAGCGAGUUGAAAGACUGAAAGAAAGAGUAUUCCGUGUUCCCUCUCCGAGUACAAUGACGUGUCGUAGUGAGAGCUGCGUCUGUCUGCGAGGGAGAUGGAGGAGAUGAUGUUGUCCUGUCAAACUCUCUCGGUGUGCACCUCCAUAAGUUUCAUUUCAUAUGCUUAUCUCUCUCUCCUCUUGGUUGAUGUAAAUACAGUUUUAUAUUAUAUGUCUGGAUUUUUGUCUCUGCUCCUCCAUCCUUUGAAUGCUCCUAUCAGCUCCUUCUUGUUGGCCCUUGAUACUCUCUCCCCC